AUGUCUGAACUCACGGAACAUCUCAUUGGAUUAGAUGUUGAUGCAGACCUUAUAUGUCCAUUGCUUAUUUCACAAGAAACUCUGACAAACUUCCUAUCCUUCAUAUGUGAAAUGACAGACACACAGAUAGAGGAGGAGAAACAAGAGGGAAGCACUGUUGUUAUGUGGAUAAAUAUUGACUGUGAUGGAUGUUGUAAAAAGGUUUACAGGGCAUUUCAAAACAUACAAGGUGUGCAGGAAAUUGAGAUAGAUAGAGCUCAAAAUAGGGUGAUUGUUAAGGGAACCAUGGAGCCUGAAGAUUUGAUAAAGAGACUGGCAAAGAAGACUGGUAAGACAGUGAAGCUUUUGAAAGUGGAGAAAAAGCAAAAGCAAAAUGAGGAAUGUGAACUAGAGCAAGAAGAAGAAUAUUGUUAUCAUUACCUGCCUGCAGAGAUUCAUAGUACUGAGCAGCCAUGUGUUUGGCCCAAUAAUUCUAUGUUUUUCAGUGAAGAGGACAACUCUUGCAAUCUUAUGUAA